GUGACCUGUGACUUGUUCUAUUAGAGACGCCGGAGUAAUAGGAGCUGUUUCCAGCAAUCGCCAAUAAAACAAUCACUUGCGCCUUUUUUAAGUCAACCAACAUAAUCUUGUGUUGUUCCUUUUGUAACCGGUCCCUCUCUCUCCCUCUCCUCCCCCCUUUCUCUCCAUGUUUUUUCCCAUUUUGUCCACCCCUCCCAGACCCAGCAGCGAACAGGCAGCCGACGUCAAUAGAAAGCAAAACACCGCGUGACUCGCCUUUGCCGUACCCAAACCUAUUCGACGUCACAAAACUUUUACUGCUUUCAGCGAGCUGCGGAGCGAGUGAGCGCGUCUGUCGAGUAGUUGGAUUUCUGGAAGUACUGCACUGAGCGGCGGCCAGCCAAAUCAUUCGUGGUGUGUUCUCCAUUGCUCAUCGACAAUCCAGAAAGGAAAAACAGCUCUGUAGGCAAUAACAGCAAAUGAAUAACAGUGAGGCCGUUCAGUUCUUUUUAACGACACCGAAGGCGGGCCCGGGAAUGAGGGCUUUCCUUGUGUUUGACCCUAUGAACGACCUAGUGUUCAACUUGGCUGACGACAAGUUUUACAAGCACGUGGCUGCGGUGGCGAUGUGCAACGGGUUCAUUGACUCGCCAAAAGAAAAGGUCAGUACGGAUAUUCUUGUACAUCUGUUUGCGCCUUUACUUACGUCGCAGAAAAUCUACAAAACACAACUGAACAAUCCGUGCGCUUGCAUCCAAUGCGACAACGAAACCCUGAUCUUGUUCACUGAAUAUCUGGGCUACACUGCCAUCUACAUCUGCAAUUCGCGUGAAGGCCGUCAGGGCACGGAAAAGCGGCGUGUUAACACCCUUCUCCAAUGCGUAUGGCAUCUCUACGCAUGUGCACUACCUCAAUUGAGGACGCAUUUUCGGUUCGACAAGCCACGUGCACAGCUGCUCAAAAACAUGAUGAAAGCGUAUGACGAACUUAAACGAAGCUCGAUCCCGUGGUUGGUUGAAGCCCAUAGUUAUUAUCCGUAUUCGAGGGAGAACCAGAAGCUUCUUGAGGAGAUUCUUGCGUCGGCUCGUCAUAAGACGAAAAAUGCUCCGUUGACGUUUAGUCAUGCGAUGCUGUUCCACGAGAGUCAAUGUCUCAUGCAGCACCACGCGGGUAACGCUCUCAAACUCAGCACCACUGAUCUGUUCCACCUGUCGUUGGUAGCUAAUAUAAUGGACAUGAAUAGUUACCUGCCUAUGUUCUUCUCGACGAACUUCAAUACAGCUGUACCCUUUCUAGUGGUUCGCCUCGAUACAGUUUGUCAAGGUACGGUUAUUCUGUUAGCUGAACUCAACGAGCUAACAGCGCGCAGUGACGCCCUGUACGCAUUGUCAAGGCAUGUCAACCAUAUUCAAGGAGAAGCCUUUAAGGGUGAACACAUCGACGUAGAGCACAUUACUCAACAAACAGCUCUGAUACGCAAUAUGAUGACUAAAGUGUACCGCGUUAUGCAAAUCAAGCCAAUGACUGAAGCAGAGAAAAUGAUGCUGGCUCAUAUCAAACUCAUCAUUCGCGAGACCUUCGAUUCGGGGCUGUUUUAUGACACGCUAAAUGACAUGCCAAAGAAUAAGGACUCCGAUAAUAGCUUCUUGCUUAAUCAGAAACUGUCCGACCUUCAAGAGAAAGUCACGGCCGCGUUCUCUGAGCUCGUGCUCGAUUGCGCCUCAGCGUAUCAACCCCAUAGUUCACUUUUUUGGCUUUCAGUCCCGCAUAUCGUCGCUCGUCUUGACCUGAAGUUCGACCUACGUAGCGUUUUCGGAGACAUCCGCCAACUGGAAGGCUUCAUCUUUGUCAAUCGCACGGCUAAUCGGACGAUAUGCGGGCUCGCCGAUGAGAAAAAUACUCAGGUUAAACAUUGUUUACAACGCGCCUGGAAGAAAGCUGAACGAAUUGUGGGUGAAGGCCAAAAUUUCGGAUUCACGUGGUCUGAUGAACGUUGCAGGUACCGUUACGAUAUCUGGUUUGAGAAUCUUAGCGGUCGUAAAGUGACACCGCUGUAUGCGCCACGUAGUAAAUUUCUGCCGUACCCCGGCGUGGGGGCUGUCAACUUUUAUAAGUUACUCACUGAAGAACUUUUUGAAAAUCAAGCCAAAAAUGUCACGUGUUUGGAAGUGCUGAUGAUUGGCUCAAACCAUGCACCUCUUGCAGAUGAUAUCGUCUCAAGGAUGUCGGCAAAAAUGUGGAAUCUGAUAGCGAAAACGGAACGAUCAAGGUUUCAUGUUUUCUGACAAUAACUUACCAGCGUCCAUGCAGGCGCCAUCCACAAAACCCUUAAAACAUCUAGGUUCAGAUCUAUCUUAAUUCUUGUUUCAUUCGAUCUUUCAAAUAUCUUUUCUUUAAAUAAGGGCCAUAAAAACUGCGGAAGUCUCAUAUAGGCUAGUUGAUCUAAUUCAAGGAUUCAAGUUAAGCUUGGUUAUAGCAACCUGCAUGAACAUAAAAACAAAAUAAUGAAGUCUGGUGUUUCGGCGUCAGGCUCAUGAGGCCCCGGAAGAGUCACUGAAAACUGUUGCUUAUUUCUCUUAACUACUAUAUCAUAUAACUGUACAUACAUAUAAACGCAAUGUAUUUAUUACUAUUUUCGCAAAGUGAUAUCAACAAUUAGUCGAUCGAGCGAAAAUCGACGAUCUCGCUGUAAACCGAAUAUUGUGAAUUAGUGAAAUACACGAGUCUAGCAAAGCACAGACACAAAAAUUUACAUAUAUCAUUGAUCGUAAGCGUGUGAAAUAAAAACGCAAUAAUAAAGUUUAGCUAUUGACUGAAGUCUAUAAGACUGAAGCAACUUAACAUCCCCUAGGGGAACAUUAAGUGGUUAUCGCUUAUAGAUUUAUCAAGAUAACUAGCGUGUUUAUUUAUUUUCGGGCGGCUCUGCUUUCCUAGCUGGCAGUUAUAAUGUUUGACUCCGUUGAAUCAUCAACUAAAGGAUUGACCACUGUUUCGUUACAACUAGUCCUACAAUUUUAAGUCCGACAAACGGAAAUGACCAUCCUUGGUAUAUGGGUCCCGUACACAUGUAAAUAUAUGUUGAAGGACAGUUCAUAUUUAAAUCAGUGGGGUCCAUGUUUGCCGAGCACGAAACGGCCAAAACGUACGCGUCCUACUGGAGUGCGUGUGGAGCAUAGUCGGUCAUUUAAUUAAGGAUUAACGAAUAUCUUAUUUAAUGAAUGCAGAGCGAAGGUUGCUGUAUUAAAAUUGGGUAGUCAUCAAUUUUCUUUCGUUUGUUCACUUAACAUUGUCCAAUACACUAUUAGGGCACGCAGUCUUUUAUGUGUUGAAACUCGUGUUGCCUCGCGGUAUUCUGGACCUGAAUAAGAAUACCAAACUUGCCUCGGGGCGUUACGAGACUUUUACUCAGCAGACAAAGAAUUGAUAGACAGUUUUUAAACAAAUGCUUCCAACGAGCUCAUGUAUUCUCAAAGUCGUGUCAUGACACCGUAACAAGCAUAGCUCAUCCAGCCCACCCAGUAAAAUCCGUAGGUAUCUUUAAGGGAUGGAAUAGAACCAGGUGUUUUAACGCUCAUUAACGUAAAAAGUGACACUCGUUCUAAAUUAGUGUAGAAUAGAUUUUCCCUAACCAGCUCCCGGUUCUACAAUUGGCCAGAUAACACUGUGCAGCGUUGGUUCGGAAACCUAUCAGGACAGGGAUUUUGAGAGGACCGAGCAAAAAACGAAUGCUGCCUUAACCAGGACAAUUAGAUUUCGAACCUUGGAAGUGCCUAAUAGCCAAGCCUUAGUUUCAAACGAAAGCUAACGCAUUAAAGCUGGGCGAUUUAAGGACUUGCAAGCGAAUCGGGGAAUAAUAUCGCUGAGUUUCAAACAGUUCUAGCGGCUUUAGCAAUUCAUAACUUUUGUUUUGAGUUUUUUAAAUUGAUUUUCCUGAGUUUGCUACAGAGUAAAUUAAUCAAAGAAAGCAUUCGAUAAUUAGGCUUUUGUCUUGUCAAUAGGUUGAAUUAAAAAAUCUAGCAUAAUUAGCGUUUCAUAUUACGUUGCAUAUACUUACUCUCUGAAAACCUAUAAUACAAAGGAAAUGAUACGACAACGAACACCUCGUAAAAGCCAUGGACAAAAUGAUCUGUCUAUUUCCCAUGCUCAUCCGUUUGUCAGCCUUAUGGCACAAAAAGCUGUAUUAAUUUCUGUUACUUUUUUUUGACAAAUCUCAACGGCGAGUGGGGGAUACCGGGGUAAAUAAGUACACAAAGCGCUUAUAUGCUGAUGAUAUCUGCAGUGGUGAAAGUCUCUUCGAGAACCCGAUCUGGCGCUGCUAAGUACGAAGCACUAACUUUUUUCUAUAGCCGUGACUUUCGUGCUAAAUAAUGCUGUAGCUAUGGGCUUUUUUUUGUAGGCGUUGCGACAACUAGCGCUUUUCUAUAUCAUUCAUUGAUAUUAGUACCCGAAGUUUCAUAUGAGAGGGUCAGUAUUUUACCAUAAUAAUUAAAUCUGUUGACGAUCGCUUUGGAGAUGCAAACUUCACUAACCCGCCUUCAUGACGAUAAGACGAAAUCUAGAAAAUAUUAACAUCGAGGCAACCUGAACCUGUAGAGGAUACGAGUAGACAUAGUCAUAAUGUUAAUUCCCAUUCUUAGUCUAUUUACAUAUUAUAGUUUAGGAUCUAUUUAGCGUAACCUGAAAGCUCGGCUUGCGUAAGGUAGUCAAAGGAUUGAUAUCACAUGUUUGAAGUCACACAAUAAACUUGACAUUUUGAGGGCAACAUGUUUUUUGUUUAGGAUUACCGUACGUAUUAUUACUUUCUUAGGCAAGUUGUUGAUCAGACCGAAACAAACAGGAGGGUUUAGGCAAUAAUUAUUAAUGGCUGAAUAUUUUACUGGUAGAUCGAGCUGCAUCGAACGCUCGAAGAACCCUAUAGACCAAAAACACCGUCUGUAGCCACCGGAAUGUACGUUAGUGAAAUACUAUAACACUGUGUGAGAAGAAAAGUUAUCUUUAAAAGAAAAUCAGUCUAAAUUAACCGCUCAAAAAGAGCUAGGUAAAUUUUAGAAGAUUUGCUUAUUUAAACUUUUUCGCAUAUGAUGCCUGAUGACAUCGAAUCUGAGUCAAUUGUCAUAAAAAUCUGGUAUGCUACCGAGGAUACUUCUAUGUUCAUAACACCCGCAAGUUGUCUACGAAAUUAACAAUAUAUUAAAGGCAAAUAGCUAGCAUGUCCGACUGUGGCAAUAGAAGAGUAAUAACUUUCUGCCUUAACAAAUGCUACAGACAAUUGCUCUAUUCCACAUUGAACGUGGAAGACGAAUCAGUAACGCAAAGCAUGCUUCUGUCGGCGGUUUCCAUUAUACCAAUAACAGCGUCACGUGUUGUUGCUUCGCCAUCUAUACGCUAUACCUAUACAACAGUCCGCACCCACAAACAAUAGAUUCUGGGGCGUAGGAACACAAGAGAAGCAUAGCAGGCAAUAGUUUCGCUGCUGGUGCAUGUAGCUUACCCAAUGGGCCGCUCAUACAAUGCAAAAAUAAACACAACAUUUUCAAACGUCUACUUUGCUCUCUCAUUUACUUUCGUUUUUCGGUUGUGAGGUAGCACUACGAUGAAGCUGGGCAACAGUGGCAUAAAAGGCAAUAGCCGCUUCAGCUUGUCCGCACUCUACGAUGUCUUUAACCAAGACUCUCACAUCGUGUCCGAUUCCUUUAACGUACAGCCCCAGAAACUGCAUAACUCGAACCGACCCCUAUUAGCCCACGCGCUCACGGAGUCCCCUCUCCGCCGUCGUUACACCCGUUGGUACUCUACCGGCGCGCUGCUGUUGCUAUUAUUACUGCUGACGCGUAACAGUGUAUUGGCGUGCGUCACACGCCUUCGUCUACCGGAGACGCAAUUAUCCGUACUGCGUAAGUUAAUGCCACACUGGCAGCAGCUGGUUACCAGCGGCCCUAACACCGUUUCUAGGUUCUAAGUAAGA